AUGAAAGAAAGACCGACUAUAUGUCCAAUUCCAACAAUACCAGCUUUUGAUGACGACAACGCUAACGAAGAAGAGAAUAUUGCUCAGUCACCUGAAGUUGGGCAACAAACGACUGACACACCGCCGUCUACACCUGAGGUUCGUCAACAAAUGGCUGGUACAUUGCUAACUACACCAUCACCAACUACAACUGAAAACUACCCUCAGCCAAAGCGCACUAAACGAGGCCAAAAACAAACUGAGGAAACACCUAGCACAGUACUAAUGAAGUAUAUAAUAGACAGUAAGAAAAAUACUCCACCACCGGAUGACAUUGAACAAUUUAUGGCUGGGAUUACAACUACCUUGCGAUCUUUUCCGCCAAGAGACAGGGCUAUUGCAAAAGCCAAGAUAUUUGAAAUAGUCUCUCGCAUGGAAAUAGAUAUUCUGAGCAGGCUAUCCACAAGUAAUUCUAUGGUAUCCACACCAUCAUCGUAUAACUCGAACUAUGCAGAAAAUAGUCCUAUGCCAGAUACAAUGCAGGACUUCCCCUAA